AGCUAUACUGUUGAUUGUCCCAUAUAUUAACGGGCCCAACUUGAAAAAUAUAAGGCCCAUUUAAAGUAUCGUCAAACACUCAUUUCAGUAUCUCUAGUCUUGGUCCAUUCGUAUAAUUUUUCAGUAAAUUAUCUAACCCUCUCGAUCCUCUCUCGCCUGUUGAAAAAGCACGACGCAAGAGCUAAGGAUCAAAAAGGAAGACGAAGAAAGAGAUGGAUCCAGACGCUGUUGCAAAGGCUUUCGUUGAGCACUACUACUCCACCUUCGAUGCAAAUCGUCCAGGGUUGGUUUCUCUAUACCAAGAAGGAUCCAUGUUGACCUUCGAAGGCCAGAAGAUCCAGGGCUCUCAGAACAUCGUCGCUAAGCUCACCGGCCUCCCUUUCCAGCAGUGUAAGCACAACAUCACCACCGUCGAUUGUCAGCCUUCUGGUCCCGCCGGUGGUAUGCUCGUCUUUGUCUCCGGCAAUCUUCAGCUCGCUGGUGAACAACACGCUCUCAAGUUCAGCCAGAUGUUCCAUUUGAUAUCGAAUCAGGGAAACUACUACGUGUUCAAUGACAUAUUCAGGUUGAACUAUGCCUGAGGAAUUUGAUGCCAGAGGUACAUGGAACCAUUAUUGGAAGCUGAAAAGAGAGUGGUGGAAAGUUUGGGACUAUUCAAAAACUGUUUGAGUUGGUUUUAGAUUUGGAACAUUAAGCUUUGUUUCAGGUGGUUUGCUGUCUGUUUUUAUUUUAAUCAAUGGAGCUAUUUGUUACUUUGUUUGAGAUGACUCCUUUUGUUUUCGGGCACUGAACCAUGAUUCAGUAAGGGUAAAACAAAAGAUUUUUUGAAAUACGGUUCUCUUUUGGAACCCUUUUUCAUGUGGAAAAGUUUGAGAAAGCA